CUCUUCGACGAGCCGGUCGGGUAUCUUUCCUCCACUGGAAAGCCCUAGUCUCGGUUCUGAAAUUCUUUUGCAGUUGUUCAAAUCCUCUCUCUCUCUCUCUCUUUCUCUGCGCGUGUAUAAGUGUGAUUUUCAAGCUCUUCUCUUGAAACCCAAAUUCAAAUAUGGUUCUGGUUUGAAGGAUAAAGAGUAGAAGAUCUCUCUCACUGUAAAUGGAGAUUUUCAUUCCUUCUGCUUCAAAACCAAUUCAAAUACUUAGCUCUGCAAUGAAAGGAUAGGGCUAUACGAGUUUGAAAGAGUAGAGCUCUCUCUCUCUCUCCUUUGUAUUUUCUUUAGGGAUUGUUCGUUUUAGUGAGCAUGGACAUUAGACUAAGCUUUUCUGCAACAAAACCCUUAUCUUCCACCCAUUAUUCGAUGCUUCUUCCAUCCUCUUCUCUCUCUACAUUCAAAACCCACCCUUUUCCUCCCCUUAAAACCCAACUUCCCAUCCAUUUUAGACUUACCCAAAAUCUCUUUCUAGGCCAGGAGCUUGUUCUCCAUGCAACCCAAUUGGAAUGGAUUCAUAGGAAGAAAACACAAUCAGUCAUUUCUCCUAUUCAAGCUGUGGUUAAGAGGCGAAAGGAACUCCCUUUUGAUAACAUGAUUCAGAGAGACAAGAAACUCAAACUGGUCUUAAAAAUCAGAAGCAUUCUUGUUAGCCAACCUGAUAGAACUAUGUCUCUUAAAGCCCUAGGAAGGUAUAGAAGGGACUUGGGUCUCACCAAAAAGCGUCGUUUUAUCGCGUUACUUAGACGAUUUCCUGCUGUUUUCGAGAUUGUUGAAGAAGGGGUUUAUUCCUUGAAAUUUAGAUUGACCGCAGAAGCUGAAAAAGUUUAUUUGGAGGAACUAAAGAUUAGAAAUGAGAUGGAAGGAACGUUAGUGACUAAAUUGAGGAAAUUAUUGAUGAUGUCUUUGGAAAAGAGGAUUCUUUUGGAGAAACUUGCACAUUUAAGGACUGAUCUUGGGCUUCCUUUGGAUUUUAGAAACACUAUUUGUCAUCGGUAUCCUCAAUAUUUUAGAGUUGUUCCAACUGAGCGAGGACCCGCACUUGAAUUGACACACUGGGACCCUGAACUUGCAGUUUCUGCAGCUGAACUUAGUUUCGAAGAAAAUCAGGCUAGAGAGAGGGAGGAAGCAAAUCUCAUAAUUGAUAGGCCUUUGAAAUUCAACAGAGUGAAUCUGCCAAAGGGUCUCAAUCUUUCAAGGAGUGAGAUGAGAAAGAUUUCCAAAUUCAGGGACCUUCCUUAUAUCUCUCCUUACUCGGAUUUCACGAAUUUGAGGGCAGGUACACCUGAGAAAGAGAAACAUGCUUCUGGGGUUGUUCAUGAAAUUCUCAGUUUAACAGUUGAGAAGAGGACUUUGGUUGAUCAUGUCACUCAUUUUAGGGAAGAAUUCAGGUUCUCUCAACAACUUAGGGGCAUGCUUAUAAGGCAUCCUGAUAUGUUUUAUGUGUCUUUGAAGGGGGAUAGAGAUUCGGUUUUCCUUAGAGAAGCCUAUAGGAAUUCUCAGUUGUUGGAUAAGGAUAGGCUUUUGAUUGUAAAGGAGAAGUUCAGGUCUCUUGUUGCAGUGCCUCGUUUCCCGAGAAGGCCUAUGCCUGAGUCUGGCAUGGAUGAUGGGGAUGAUGGUCAUGGAGAUGGGUUAAGAGAAGAGACAAAUAGAGCCGAAGAUGGAAGUGAGUGGUCGGAUAUUGAUGAUUUCCUAACUGAUGGAUUUGAUGAUGAUGGUGAUGGUGAUGGUGAUGGUGAUGGUGAUGGUGAUGAUGAUGAUGAUGAGGAUGAAUGGGAUGAUGAUGAUGAUGAUGAAGGUGACGAGAUGCCUCCUGACUUUGAAGACAGUGAAAGUAUUAGUCUUGGAGAGAGAAAUAAACUUAAAGAUGUUGAGGUAUCAAGAAAGAAUGAAGAGAAAGUGCUUGUUCCUGUGUUCCCUGAUGGUAGACCAAGGGAACGCUGGUGAGAACAAUUUUCAAGCAUCCUUAAUUUUGGCACUGAGGUUUAUCAUGAAGAGAGAGCGAUAGUUCCCUGAAGAGGCAUAUGAAUACUUUUGAAAGGGAAGAAACUCUGGUGCUUUGAUAAAUUUUCUUGAGUUUGAAGCCCUAUGCUUCCUUUGAAAGAAGGCAUAUCACUUCUAGAAGCAAUUUUCAGUUGGGACUGAUAUGGAGUUGUUGGAUAUAACCUUAAUGUAUCAUAUGCUAUUCUUCCUAUGAGGCUAUAAUUAUGCUCAAUCUAUUAUGAAAAUCUGCUCUUAAUCCAGUAAGUUUAAUUUUAUGUUCUCUUGGUGUUUGUUUUCUUUCCUGCUCUUUCUUCUGUUGCAUAAGCAAAUUGACUGCUGUAGAUUAUGUCUGAUGGUGACCAUCCAAUAUCAGUUCUUUCUGCCA